UUGGACUCUGUCCGUCUGCUGGAUUUAACAUGGAGGCGAUCUAUGUCAGACAUGUGGAGCUGUUGGGCUUUGAGAAACGCUUCUUUCCGAGUCUGCACUAUGUGUACAUGCUGAUGGUGAAAUGGAGCGACCUCACGGAGAAGCUCAUCUACAGGACAUAUCCUGAAAUCCACACUUUCCACAAAGAACUGAAGGAGAUGUUUCCAAUCGAGUCUGGUCAAAUAGAAAGGAAGGACAGAAUCAUCCCUUCCCUCCCAGCUCCGAGAUGGGUGGACACCGAGAAAUCAAGACAUUCCAGGAAAACCACCUUGGCUGAGUACUGCCAGUUUCUUGUCAACCUGCCACCUCACAUCUCCCGGUGCAAACACCUUUCCCAGUUUUUCAAGGUCCGACCAGAAGACGAAAACCCACCUGCCCCAAACACAUUGAAAAGAAACGAGACGUUUGUGGUGUCCAGAGAGAAAACCAGAGGCACCGCUUCUGAGAUUUCUGGCCCCAUCAUCCUGGACACCUACAGAGUGAUUGCUGACUUCGAAAAGACGUCCAAACACGAACUCAAUCUGCACACUGGAGACUUCGUGGAAAUUGUGGAGAAAAAUCAGAAUGGUUGGUGGUUCUGCCAGUGUGAAUCCAAACAUGGCUGGGUUCCCGCAUCCUACCUAGAGCCUCUGAAUGGACCAGAGGAGGCAGAGGAGCCUGAACCAGACUAUGAAGGAGAGCUGCAUAUCACCACCAACGCCUACAAGGCCGAACAGGAGGACGAGAUUUCUCUAGACAUUGGUGAAACCGUAGAGGUCAUUCACAAGCUUCUGGAUGGUUGGUGGGUUGUCAGGAAAGGAGAGGAGACGGGUCAUUUUCCCUCCACAUUCCUGCAGAAGGCUGGCAAGAAAGAUGAAGUAGGAAGGAUGAACCCAAGAGGACAGAAACCUCCACCCCGCAGAUCCACCAUCAGAAACGCCAAAAGCAUCCACAACAAAUCUCGCCAGCUACUUAGUCAGGACGCAUACCGCAGGAACAGCCGCCGAUACCUGCAGCAGAAGGGCAGCCGCCUCGCCACGCCGCUCAGGAACUCCAAGAACUCGUCUGCAAAGUCGCCUCUGAGGGAGAGGAAGAACCAGGAUAACAUUCCUGAGAUGUCUGGCUCCGGCUCCGAGAGCGAACCGAAGAAGGAUGCUCCCGUAGUCCCACCCAGACCCAGUCCAGAGCUCAUCCUGGAGCGUUGCACCGACAACACGCGCAAGAAAGUCAGCAUCCACAAAGCCCACAACGGCUCAUCAAGCUAGCAGCAGGACUCGCCGCGUGGAAAGCUACUGGAUCAUUUGGAGGGAGGAAGGAGGCUUUGAUAUGUCCAGCUUUGCCGCGUUCUUAUUUGCUUGUAUACAAGACACACGAGAAAAAGAACAUCUGGCAGUAGUUAGUGAAGAUGUUUGUUUUGAAGUUAAGUCAUAUUUACCAAAACAAAACCAGCUCAAUGUCAUGAUUACUGUUGAUGAUAAAAAUGUGUCAAGACAAAUAAAUGCUGUUAGUUUUAGCUCUUGGCAUCUCAAUAUUUACAUUUCACUAAACAAACCAUAAAUAAAGUGAUUAGAAAAAUAUUCAUCUGAUUAGUUGAACAUAAAAAAAUCCUUGUAAUUUGUAAUUUCUUAAAUUAUGUAUAAAUUAAAUCAGAUUUUAUUUAUAAAGCAUUUUUCAUACCAAAAAGCAACACAAAUAAAAUAAAACAAGCCUUUGCACAACAAAGUAUGACUGAGCAGUUUCUAAAUAUUCUAGUUUCUCCUUCACACAUGCACACACACAUACACACAAGAACGCAA